GCGCAACAGGUCGCCUUCGACCCGACGUUCGACUUUGUCAAGGGCGGCAAGCUUCCCGGCCUGUCGGGCACCUCGUCGUCGAGGCACGGCCGUACCUUGUGCGUCGGCGGCCGCCACCUCGACUCGUGCGUCUCGGCGCGCCUCAUGUGGCGCCCGCAAGGCCUCGGCGAGGUGUACGCCUACGUCCCGACGUACGCCGGCUUUUGCGAGGAGGGCCAGAGGAGGGGAGACGUCGCGUGCGAUAAAGCGUUUGGCACAAGUUUGUCUCGCGGCAGCUUUCGGUUCGAGCGCGCUCGGUGGCACACGAUCACGCAGCUCGUCUCGCUCAACGACCCUCCCCUCGCCAACGGCCUUCUCCACCUGUACCUGGACGACCACCUCGUCCUGUCGCACACCGACAUCCUGUGGCGCACAAACCCCAACGUCACGCUCGACGCCGUCCUGUUCAGCACCUUUUUUGGCGGCGGCGACGACACGUACAACUCGCCGACCUCGCCCGCCGCAACAAGCUACUUUCGGCGGUUCGAGGUG